AGAGCGGGGUGGGGAUGACCGCCACCGGCAGAGACGUAUUUAAGUUGCAAAGGGGUGCGGAUGGCAUCUCUUGAAGUUUCUCGAGAACUCUCAGGCUCUCUGUGGUCGCAAAGAGGUUCUUCUCGGUCGCCUUCCCAUCACCGGAACUAACUCCGGCCAUUCUUUCUGAACGCUGAAGCAGUUUUGCAGUUGGGAAGAUGCCAAAAAUAAAGAGAAACGGUGUCAGAUUUCCAGAAGGUUGGGAGCUCAUUGAGCCAACCCUUCGCGAAUUGGAAGGUCAAAUGAGAGAAGCUGAAAAUGAUCCACACGAUGGCAAGAGAAAAUGUGAGGCUUUGUGGCCCAUUUUCCGGAUAAAUCAUCAGAAGAGCCGUUAUAUAUUUGAUCUCUAUUACAGAAGGAAGGAAAUCUCAGCCGAGCUCUAUGAAUUCUGUCUGGACCAAGGAUAUGCUGAUCGCAACUUGGUUGCCAAAUGGAAGAAACCUGGCUAUGAGCGACUUUGCUGUUUGAGAUGCAUGCAGCCUCGUGACCACAACUUUGGGACCACGUGCGUGUGCAGAGUACCCAGGCACCUGAGGGAGGAGAAGGUUAUAGAGUGCGUGCAUUGUGGCUGCAAGGGAUGUGCCAGUGGAGACUGAUGUCUUUGAUAUUGGACAGUCAUUUAGCUAAUGGGUCGAUGUUCACUUAUGGGGUUAAUUUUGUGUAUUAUCAUUUUCCAUCUGAGAUAUCCUAACUGUACUCAUGAGUCAUGAAGCUGUACUGAUUUUAUGAGAAAAUUGAAGGAACAUAUCAACUCUAACCAAAAAUUUUGGAAAA